AUGGGGCAGGAGGGCGCCGCUCGUUCCUUCCACAUCUGCUCUGAGCACAGCAGGUCUUCCACAAAGUUGGAGCCUGGAAUUGUCUCACUGCAUGCAGUCGGACAAAAAAUGGAGCUCAACUCUGGAGAUGAUCUCAUCUCACUGAAGGAGUCCAUCCUAAGUCAUCACUCGCCAUCGACAGGGAGCCCGCCCUCCUUCGCGGACGCGGACGAGUACGCAAGGUGCAGUGGGCUGACCAUUGACAGCCGCUCUCUCGACUGGCGACAACUCGUUGAACGUGACCCAGCCCUAGCCUCUACCAUCCUUGAACUGGAAGCAGGACAGCUUAUUGAGACCGUGCAGCUCAAGGAGUGCCUCUUCCGGGCCAUCAUCCCCACGCCAGAACAGUGGCAGAUACCCGCGGCGUCACUGCAAAUACUUCAGGACGUGUGCACAAGACGCAAAGAUGAAGACUUGGCAGGCCUUGUUUCAGAGCAAUGCUUCCCCGAGACAUUGAAGUGGAAAGGCCUGAAGUUGGAGGCCCCUGCACUCCGCAGUGAUCAUGGCGCCGACUGUCGUCGGCUAAUGCGACGGGUGAAGGCUUUCCUGAAGGAGCCACUCCCGGAACACCGCCUCCCGCUUCACCCGGUUGACGUUGGUAAAGGAGAAGGCCUUGAGUUUCCCGAAAGUCUGACCCAACAGGAAAAGGCACAUAUGAAGACCAUUGAACACGAGAACUUGGAGGUGACCAGAGACACGCUUGCCUACUUGAUGCAGAGCCUAAGGUCAGAUCUGACAGACAAUGCCCGGCGAGACUUCGCUAGGGAGAACUGUGCCUACGAAGGAGUAGGAGCUGCAGAACACUUGACACCCCCUUUGAGCCCCCUGCUGUUGUCAUCUCCGGAAUACUUUGUCCCUGAAGAGGAGAUCUGUGAGAUACCGGAGCCUUCAGGUUCCAGUUCAGUGCUGAGCGAAGACAUAACUGCUUCCGAACAAAAGAUAUUCGAGACCGAUCUCGGGUUCUGGGCCGAGGCGCUGGAGAGGGAGGAGGCACCCGAGAGGUACGACGACAUUGAUAUGUCGGAAAUGAUUAGGGCGGGCGAGUUCCGGUCACCCGCUUUACCAUCCUCGUCCCAGCCGGUAUCCCGAGACAUGAGAAUCGACGUUCCUCUGCUUCCAUGGAGUGAUGAGAACGCGGAGGCUACGGAGACAACGAGAAUCCUUGCUUCAGAUGACCUGGCGGAGGCAAAAGAACUGGUAGUGAGCAGUGACACACUUUCUGGGUCAGACGGCCCAACCGGCCAACUCGUCACGCUCUUCCUGGAAAAAGCAACUCACGUAAUGAGAUGCGCUGAGCAGGAGAGACUCCAGCCUCUCGACGCCACAGCACGAGUCCCAGUUCCGGUAUUAGACUUUUCGGCCCCUGCAGCAGAAUGGGAGCAACGCCCCUGGGAAGCCAAGGCAAUGUUCCGGUGGAUUCAGAAGGACACCGACGUCGACUGGCAGCAUCCCAAAUGGACACACAACAGAGCCUCCGAGCAGAGGAUGGUAUGGGCACCCCUCGCCCAUAUGACGGAAAAGAGGUUAGUCUCGGAACAGAUUGAGGUCGAUCCCAAAGCUUUUGAAUUCUUCUUGGAGAGAAGCCGUGAUUGCGAAGUUCCCAGUAGCGCCGAUUAUGUCUACAAGCAGCCCGGGUUGGCAGUUCUCCGGAUAGAAGACGAUGGCGACGACGAGGAUUUCCUUACGCCGCUCGGGUCGUCAAGACCCGCCCGCCCAACCGGUUGUCACGCGGGCAGUUUGGAGGGGACGGCACUGCCCCUGAUCAAAACAGCCAUUCCCACCCACUGCAAUUCGCCAAAGACGAUACCCAGGCCAACGCCGCCUCCGGCAGACCUGAUGACACUCCUGACUGGAAGAAAACGGGCCAUCGACGAGACACUUGGGAAGAGGCAGGCGGCCCCAGCACUGAUCCCAUCAACCAAUGUGCUAAGGGGCUUCAUGAGCGAAUACCCCGAUUUUGCGCCACUCGUCGACAAUUUCGUUGAGAUGAACUUCCCCAAGAAGCAAAAGCUCACGCACAGCGCAUUCUUCGUUCCGCCCGUCACAAAACCACCCUUCGCCCGGUCUAAGGAGGAAGAGGCAGCAAAGCUGAUGCCGCCGCCUCCGAAGCCAGUGCCUGCCCUUGCGCCAGAUAUCACACCACCCGCCCUUCCUCCCCGCAUCGUCGUCUCCUCCACAACGUCAAAACUCAUCACUCUCCAGCUCGAAAAGCUCCUCCCCGGAAUCGACCUCAUCACACGCGACUACGACAAGCACCGACCGUCCAGCUGGGUCCCGGGCAUGCGCACCCCGAACUUAGACGAAGCCGACAUCGUCGUCUCCCCCGCCACUGGCAUCCUCUUGACAACUAUGAUCAUGCUCCGACAGAAAGCGCUGCCCGGCCAAACAAUUGGGAAUCACUCGAUCAGCUUCUGCCGCAUCGUCGAGAACGUCGCUGUCCGCUACGAACGUCUCGUGGUGUUGGUGUCCGAGGGCAACAAGCAUAGCGAGACCGCAAGCCCGCUGUCCCAGUCCGACGCCAGAGCGCUGGCUGAGUUUCAGGGGUUUUCGGCCGGCUUGCAGACGGCCGAUGUGCAAUCGCUGUAUGUGGGCGGCGGGGUGGAGACGCUGGCGAAAUGGGCGGCUGCUAAGAUCUGCGAGUAUGCGAACGAGGCGGUUGCUGUGAGGGACAUGCUGUUGCCGAUCGAAACCUUUUGGGAGGUGUUCCUUCGUCGGGCCGGGAUGAAUGCCUACGCUGCGCAGGUUGUGCUGGGGAGGCUCAAGGUGCCGGAUGAUAGGCCGGCUGUGGGCGAAGGCCGCGGGCAAGUGUUUGGCCUACCCUUGUUGUUUGAGGACUUGUUUGGCGGGACGAAGGUGUUGGAGCGUACGUUGCUGAGGACCUUGAAGAAUACGGCUGCCCGUAAAGCUGCUUCGCGUUUCUUGACGUCCGGUUUUGGUCAACACCAAUUUAUUCAGUAUCGCCUUCACCCGAAAUAUCUCCUCCACCUGUCGACGGGCCGCUGA